UUAGGUUUUCAGUAUCAGGAAUGUGCAAACAAAAUAAUUCGUGAACUGAAUAUACCCCUCACCGAGAACGAAUUCAUGCAAGAAUGCAACAAGAUAUACGAAGCAGUGUUCGCUAGUGUGAAACUUAUUCCAGGAGCUCAAAACUUGAUUGAACAUCUACAUAAGAAUGGUGUGCCAAUAGCAAUAGCCACUGGUUCAACCCAAGAGAGUGUUGCCAUGAAAAUGCAGAACCAUAAAGAUCUACUUAACUGUUUCCACCACAUCACUAUGGGUUCUUCAGACCCAGAAGUGACGAAGGGAAAACCAGAUCCUACUAUAUUUCUGGUUUGUGCUGCAAGGUUUCCUGACAAACCAAAACCAGAGGAUUGUCUAGUACUAGAAGACGCAGUGAGCGGAGUAAAAGCCGCUUUAGCAGCCAAGAUGCAAGUAGUAGUAGUGCCUGAUCCGCGCAUAGACCACAAGCAACUGAAAGAUGCCACUCUGAUACUCAAAUCUCUCGAAGAUUUCAAGCCAGAACUCUUUGGUCUACCGGCUUGUGACUACACCCAUCUAGAAAACUAAAGAUCCAACUUUACCUAUUCACUACAACAACACUAUUGAGUAUGCAGAAUUUCAAUUCCCUACGAAACUCAGCAGUCUUUCUUAUUUUCCUAAAUAUUAUUGUUGUGCCUUGAUUAUUUUUUAAAUUUAUUUUUUCUUUUUCUACAGUUCUGCACAUUUGCAUAACAAUUUAAUGUUUUCCCAUAGACUUAACAUAGUGACCUUUGACCUCAAUUAUCUCAGAUCCCAAGUCGAAAUUUAAUUUCGUAACAACCUAUAGAAUUGUAUUUUAUGCUAGUUUCACACCUAUAUCCAUUAGGAAUAGAAAUUAAUUGAGGAACGAAAGACCGAGUACAGUUCAGGAAUUGUACUAUUUGAACAGAUGGCAAGAAUCUCUCGCUCCUAUAGCUGCGCUUGGGUUAUAAACAUACCUAAUGUACAAUCCAACCUAGAACUUGCUUUGUAAUCUAAAGCAAUUUUACGAAAAAUUUAACAAUCUUGGCCCUUUUUAGAUGACUAUAGAAUUUUUUACAAUCCAAAGGAUUUAACGAGUUUCGUGGUCAUUCAUUAAACAAUUAUUUAUCAAUAAUUACAGGUUACUUACCAUGAUAGUAUGAUUUCUUAUAUUUUCCCGAUAUUCCGGAACAGUUAUACGCGCCAUGGUCACCAAGUCAACAGUAAGAAACCUGUAAUUAGUGAUACUCAACUUCAACUUCAACUUUUGUGUCUAUGGCUCCGUCGUUUUGCGCGACGAUUUUGCCAAUGUCAGGGUUGAAAGACAUGUGUAGCGGUGGUGAG